AUGGAUGGGCUGCUAUCAUCUCUAAUUAACUUUCAAGUAAAUGAAGAGUUAAAAAACAGUAGUAAUAUUAGUGAUAGAUUAUUAUAUAUAGUUUGGAAUAAUUUAUUUUUAAGAAAUGAAAUUCAUAGACAUAUUUUAAAGUUUAUUGAACAUAGUGUUGUAGAAUUAAAUAAAUCACGUUAUGACCAGUUUAAAGAUAAAUCAUAUAUAACAACACUUAAAUGGCAUGGUGAUACACUACCAGAUAAAAAUGAAUUUCCACCAUUUUUGAAAAAUUUAUAUUUGUGCACUUUUAAUAAAAUGUUAACUCCAACAACUUUACCAAAUACAAUUACUACACUCACAUUUGGUGAUGAUUUUAACCAAGUAGUCAAACCCUGCACAUUACCAAAUAAUCUCACAAUACUCACAUUCGGUGAUGAAUUUAACCAAGUAGUUCUACCUGGCUCAUUACCAAAUAGUCUCACAACACUCACAUUCGGUGAUUAUUUUAAUCAAGUAGUUCCACCUGGCUCAUUACCAAAUAAUCUCACAACACUCACAUUCGGUGAUGCUUUUAACCAAGUAGUUCCACCCUGCACAUUACCAAAUAGUCUCACAACACUCACAUUCGGUUAUUAUUUUAAACAAGUAGUUCCACCUGGCUCAUUACCAAAUAGUCUUACAACACUUACAUUCGGUUAUAGUUUUAACCAAAUAGUCCCACCGGGCUCAUUACCAAAUAAUCUUACAACACUCACAUUCGGUCAUAAUUUUAACCAAGUAGUUCCACCUGGAUUAUUACCAAAUAGUCUUACAACACUCACAUUCGGUGAUAAUUUUAACCAAGUAGUUCCACCUGGGACAUUACCAAAUAAUCUCAAAACUCUCACAUUCGGUUAUUUUUUUAACCAAAUAACCCCACCCGGCUCAUUAACAAAUAAUCUCACAACACUCACAUUCAGUAACUCUUUUAACCAAGUAGUUCUUCCUGGCUCAUUACCAAAUAGUCUUACAACACUCACAUUCGGUGAGUAUUUUAACCAAGUAGUUCCACCUGGUUCAUUACCAAAUAGUCUCACAACACUCACAUUCGGUUAUGAUUUUAACCAAGUAGUUCUACCCGGCUUAUUACCAAAUAAUCUCACAACACUCACAUUCGGUGAUAAUUUUAACCAAGUAGUUCUACGUGGCACAUUACCAAAUAGUCUUACAACACUCAUAUUCGGUGAUGAUUUUAACCAAGUAGUUCUACCUGGUUCAUUACCAAAUAGUCUCACAACACUCACAUUCGGUUAUUGUUUUAACCAAGUAGUUCUACCUGGUACAUUACCAAAUAGUCUCACAACACUCACAUUCGGUGAUGAUUUUAACCAAGUAGUUCCACCUGGCUCAUUACCAAAUAAUCUCACAACACUCACAUUCGGUUAUUAUUUUAACCAAGUAGUUCCAUCUGGCACAUUACCAAAUAGUCUCACAACACUCACAUUCGGUGAGUGUUUUAACCAAGUAGUUCCACGCGGUUUAUUUAAAAUUAAUAAAAAAUAA